CGGGAACGUAGAGCGCGAGCUCACGGCGGGAGACUGAGGCCUGAAUGGCGCCGGCUCAGCAGUCUCGGGUUCUACGGUGCUGCAGCUGCCACAUCUUUCAGGCGCAUCAGGUGAAGAAGAGUCUCAAAUGGACGUGCAAAGCUUGUGGAGAGAAGCAGUCUUUUGUGCGGGCUUACGGUGAAGGCUCUGGUGCUGACUGUAGACGCCAUGUCCAAAAGCUAAAUCUGCUGCAAGGACAAGUGUCAGAGCUGUCACUCAGGUCUGUGGAAGAAGCGGUUAAUGCCAGUGAAGAGGAGAACGCAGGACCUCAGCAGGCUGAGGCUGGGAGUCAGCAGGCACUGUCUAAGCCCCUCGAGUCCCGAUGGCUGAAGUAUCUGGACAAGGGCUUUGAAGACCAGGAGCUGGACAGAGGAAGACCAGCUCUUAAGACACAGCUUUCAGCCAGUGCUGAGUGGCCGAGUCUACCCUGCAGUCCAGCCCAACCCAGGAAGAGGAAACGGAAUCAGAGCACAGGGCAGCCUACACACAGCCUUCAUGUCCAGAGUGUGGACAGUGCUGACAACAGCUUUGAACACCAGGACUCCACUGACCUGUAUGGGACAGAGCAGCAAGGCAUCAGCCCUGCCCUCAGUACUGUGAACCACAUCAGGGAGCUCGGUUUUCCUAGGUGGAAACUACCAAGUCCUGUCAUGCAAGUUAAUGCCCCAUCUUCUAAAUGGGCACGGUUUCUCCUGUCACCUGGGAGCAGUCCACAAGUGGAUGAGAAACCACCAAGUCCUCUGCAGGAGGGCACCAGGCUAGCUGACCCAGCACAAGUUGAGCAGGGGACUGUUGAGACCAAGACUCCAGUGGGCCACUUCAGCAGGGCCCCUGACACCAUCAAGCCGCCUCAAACCACUCACACUACCGUCCCACAGCUGGACAGGCCUGACAGAAAGACCCCAGAGCAGCCGAGGGCCGCGGGGACUCCUCAAGCAGAUGGUAGGCCUUUGGCUCAAGGAGCCCAGAAGGCUCCACCCUUGCAACUGCACAACCUCUUUACAACCGGAGAGGACUUUGAUGAUGACCUGUAGCUUUCACUUUAUCCCUGUGAUCUCUCGAUGCCAGUCCUCCAUGUCACAGAUGGGGGUGCUUUAGAACAAAUAAUCCAACAAUAAACAUUCCUGUCAAACAGA